GCAAAGGAGCGUUGAAUAGUGCCAACUGAGUCAGCAGCGAGCAGUCAGAAACGCGGCACAUAAACUCAACAACGACUAACGACAGCAAAACCCAUCAAAAGCAGACACGAAUCCCAACAAAAGCAAUAACGACGGCAACAUAACAAAAGCAACAACGGUCAGAAAGCGCGUGCAACGCAUAACGCUAACUUUGGAUAGCACUGAGCACACACUCGUACAUACAUACAUACUUGCAUAUGUAGAUGGAUGGAGGAAGUGGAUGGAGGCCUGAGCGUGUGAGGGGGCACAUCAUGCAGACACAUGCGGCGCUUCGAUCGACUAGCUAACUUGAAUGUGUCUGUGUUGUUGGGCCGCAGGAACGCGACAGCUGCAAUUACUGCUGUUUGAAGCCUUCGUCGCCAAUAACGGGAGACCAUUCACAUUCACUAUGCUGCAUUGGCUUUGACGCUUCGCUAGCCUUGAUGUUGUUUUCUGUUUUCUUUAGAGGGGCAGCGGAUGUUGGUGGCGGUCGUGGUAGUUACGCUGUUGAUAUUGCUUUUAGCAUCACCGUCAGUAGUCUGGUUGGUUGGUGACGAUGAUGUGUUCGUUGUUGGCGGCAUUGCUUGUCUCCAGCGAGCGAGUAAAAUGUACAGCUGCGGGUAUAUAGUCGGAUACAUACAUAUGUAUGUAUGUGCAUGGAUAUAGUUGAAGAAUGAGGAAUGAUUUUGCUUGCUUAUUCGGCACCCUCCUGAUUUCUGCCGUCUCGCUGGUUUCUGUCGCCUAAUGGAAUAUAUUCACAUGUGCGUACAUACACACAAGCAUAUGUCUGUAUGUGUACUACUACACUUGUUUGUACAAAUAAAGGAAGGUGAGGUGGUCGGUACAUCUUAAGUUCUUACUCGAUGUGCAUGCUAACAUAUACAUAUAUGCACAUAUUAACGUUGUACAGUUUUACGCUCAGAAGUAAUUACAAAUCGCCAAGGUAAUGUCAACUAAGAUUGGUUAUCGUGUGCGUCCUGGUUGCCUUGUCUUUCGUGAGCUGGCCUGACACCUUAGUACAGACAUCAUACAUACAUAUGUACACUAAAUCAGAAAGAUUACUUGCUUCAUACAUAACGCCCUUAUUUGCGUUGCUUAAAAAGCGAAAGUAAAACUGUGUAAAAGUUAGUAGCGUGAGAUGAGAAAUUAUCGAAAAAUUUAAAACUUACUGAACCAAAUAGGUUUAGAUUGCUGAAAUAACAGAACUUGGUCGAAUAAAAUCCGAGUAACCUAUAUAUAUACCUAUAUGGUCGCAUGAGUGCGGUAGGACGCAGCUGGGGAAAGCUUCAGACUUGCCAGAAUAUCGAUCUCCGGACAGCCACAGGUUGCCUCUUGAUGUCUCCGGAGCCGAGCCGCCUACCACAGCCAUCAAGAGUCUAUACCAACCGAACUUCGGAUGCGACAGACUUUCGACAAGCACUGAACCCCUUUCACAGAGGAGCCAUUAACACCUUCAUCGACUCCUUCCCUGUGAAUGGAGUACUUGGGGAUAAAACACCACCCAUCGCAGACACCUAUUUCGAGUUGCAUCGCGAAACCAGAGUGGCCCUCGCACAACUUUAACUCCUACUUAUCCAGACUGAACCCCGACAUAUUCAAUUAUGUCCUCUAUGCAAAAUGUCGCCGCAAUACACUAACCACACCUUUGCAUGCCCCCAUAAACCCCACUCCUCUAAUACACUUUUCUCUAAUUUAGGCUUACCAGUUCAGGCAGGUUUGGGUAACCACAACAACAACAACAUUAGAUAUUAUUUGAAGUAAAUCAAGAAUUUUGUGUUUCACAACGAUUUCUUUUUUAGUGAUACUUCAAGUAAGCGUUUUAAGUUAUUUGCGCUUGUCAGAUGAGCUAUGCUAAUACAUAUACAUAUUUCUUCGCUGUCCUUGGGCUCCAUCUUCUGCUACGAAAUUACUUUUUCAAAUGUGGUCCACCCAACAGUCAAUCGUUGUCCUGUUCCAAUUCCUUCCUUCUACCUAUCCCUCCUGGGCCGCCAUUCACAUAUUCGUUUUAGGCUUUGUCGAUUCUCUGCAUUGAAGCGUGUCGUGUGCGCUUUUGUUGUGGCUGCCCUCACCUCCGCAUCGCCUUCUUAAUCAACAACGCAUUCGUCGCCUACAUCGCGACGAACGUGUCAAAUUAUCCGCCAGCUGCAUCUGUUGUUUGGCGCGCAACUAGACGUCGUUAACGUCGACGCAGUCACUUUCUUGGCGCUCGGCGCUCAGUAAACGUCAUUAUCAUGCUCAUGGUGAACAUCAUCGUCAUCCCCAUCAACGCCGUCCUCAGUUCCGACGUCCGAUUCACCGUUUCUUUUUUUCUCUUCGCGACGCGGCGGCUGGUACUCUAAUUUUUCGUUGUGUGCGAACACACACAUCCAAUGUGUAUGUGUGUAAACGUUCAAGAAUGGUGUCAUUAUGUGUGUAGGCUUGUCGUUCGCACCAUCGUGCUGUUUGCCAUACGCCAAGCCAUAGCUAUGUAUGUAAGUGUUAUCUUCGCUCGCCAACCGUCUGGCUGUUUGACUGCUGUGUGGCCGGCCAGCCGAUAUAAUUCGUAUUGCUUUGCAAAACCUCCGUUUGUCGGUGCACGUCUGUCCAACCGGCAGACAGUUAGCGUUUCAGCGACCUAAGCGGCUUUGGCUCCCCUGCCGCUUUCGUCAGCAUUUCGCUUAUAUGUAUAUUGUCGGCUUGUGUGUGCCCGUCUGGCGGCGUUUACUGCUACUUUGUCUUGCUUGUGUACGGUCCUUCUUUCCUGCGUUGUGCUGUUCGCAGUUAGCAGCUAGCAGCGAGCAGUUCGUAGCCUUCGUGGUAGUUGUUCAUCAUUGACGUCGCUGCGCUCACACGCUCACUGCUCACUGCUCAGUCAUGCACAAUGCUUCACCCCACACUCCAAGCCACUCCACUACAUCGAUCCUAUAUGCCGUUGCGCCAUCCAGCCUGCUAGCUAACUGGCCGUUCAGAGCGGCAGUUAGGCUGCUCCGCAAUCAGUCGGAUGUGAACGUUUCAAUCAGUCAGCAGUAAUAAACGAAUCGACGCGCGCGCUUCUCAACAUACUUGUUAGUACGAGUAUAUAACGCUUAACAUUCGCUUUACUUGAUUUGUAGGAUUGUGCACUGCAAAAGUAAUCAACAUAUAAAACUGGCGUCACAAAGCGGCCCUUCACACAUGGCACCAAAGAAGUCUACGAUUGUCCUGAACGUUGAACAAUUCAUACGCGACGUUCAAGAACGGCCCGCCAUUUGGAAUCGUAAUUUCCAUUGCAACAAAGCAUUUCUAGAACAAAUGUGGGACGAGCUGUCCUCCGCACACAAGCUACCCAAAGUGGUGCUUAAGGCUAAAUGGAAGGGUCUGCGUGAUAAUUUUCGUGUAGAAUACAAACGCAUUCCACGCUCGGAGCAAGGCGAUUUCUUAGUGGAACCGGCAACAUUCGAAUCGAAAUGGCUGCAUUAUUAUGCGUUGUUGUUUUUGACUGAUCAUAUGCGUCAUCGCAUGCCUAAAAGCGAGCCGGAUCAGUCCUACUACUUCACGCAGCAGAGUCAAGAUUGUGAGAAGACUGUGGUUGAACCGGACCUCACCAAUGGGCUCAUUCGUCGCAUGCAGGACAGCGAUGAAGAGUUCGAUGAGGACGAUGUUGAUGAGGAUGAUGAUGACAUGGCAAUACCAACACCACCAGCUGCUCAUACACAGUCGGUGACUUCCAUCAAAACAGAGGAUGCACGCUCAAUACUGAAAAACGCUGGCGUACUACUACGAGCUGCACACCUUAUAGACGAUGACGAUGGCGAGAAGGAGGCACAAGAUUUGUCCAAGAAAUCCAUGGAAGCCAACAAUAAUAACAGUAAUGUGAAUAAAAAUGGCAACAAUACUACGUUCUUAAGCAACGGCGCUUCUCCUUUACUGAGCGCUUGCAUGGGCAACAUCAUUACCACCAUCGCACAAACAACCACAUCCAUCACACCACCCUCAACACCCAUUACCAGCAUAGUCAGCGCAGCAAGUGUGGCGUCGAAUUCGAUGGCAGCCGCAACACAGCAACACAAGAAACGCUCUGUUUCACCGCCACCACUGUACAAUAAAGCACACCAUCCGCCGCCUACAACUACGGCCGCCGCCACGGCGCUAACAACAGCCGUGGCCGCAGCACUUAAUAAUGAACGUGAUGAAUUCGCUUUAAAUGGCAACAGCAGUUGUUUGCACGGUAGCCACGAGCACUUGAAUUUCACCAAACACUCGUAUGCGAAUGGCUUAAUACCGGCGCUAAAGUUGAAACGUCCGCGCUUGUCGGAGGACAGCAAUUUUAAUGGUUCAUCCACGAUGGACAACACUGCUCCGAUUGUGCCGGAGGAUGACGACUACCACUACCUGCUUAGUUUGCAUCCAUAUAUGAAGCAGCUGACAGCGGCGCAAAAGCUGCGAAUUCGCACCAAAAUUCAAAAACUAAUAUUCAAGGAACUCUACAAAGAGGAUUUGGAAGAAACCAAAUAAAUUGUAGCGUUGUUGUUUAUAGUUAUAAUAGAAUUAGUUGCUCAUUUAAUUGAAAAUUGUGAAGACAACUUCUUUCUCUCUUUAGUUUUGUAACUCUAAAGCUCACUAUAUAAGACUGUACAUAUACAUAUAUAUAUAUUAUAUAUAAUAGUAUAUAAAUAUACAUACAUAUAUAUGCAUACUUGGAUGUAUUACCUAGUUGUAAGCAUACGUACAUACAUAAAUACAAAUAUAACAGUACACUGUUUGGUACGCCCACAAUGGACAAUUGAAUAUGAAAAUCUAGUUUGAACGUUUCCGAACGUUAUUAUUGCUUAAGUCAGAAAUAAAACAUGAAUUUGUGCUAAGGAAAUGUGUAGUUUUAAAUAUUUACGCAAAUCAAACAGCAAUUUAUAGUCUUUUUGUGAGGUAAGUAGUGCGCGAUAAACUUUUUAUCGAUUAUCGAUUUCAGCGAUAGCCAAUUUCAAUCAAUAAGAUUGUAUUUAUUAAAUGAUGCCUAUGGAAUAUAUGUAU